GCGAUAGAAAAUUUUGUUGUCGCGUUGUCACAAAAAAAAAAGGGAAGAAUCUCCUGCGAAAAGAGUUUUUCCUGCUGCCACACACGAUUUUCUGAAUAAGCAAGGGCAGCAAAGGGCUAACAAGGGUACAGAAAACAUGGCCAAGAAGGAGGAAAAGUCGCAGCCGGGAGACGAGCUGGUGAAGGUGAACAAGUGGGAUGGAUCGGCGGUGAAGCACGCCCUGGACGAUGCGGUGAAGACCUGCCUGCUGGGCGACCGUCCCCAGUUGAAGGAGCAAUUCGGGCUGGUCAACACCCGGCUGGCCCUGUGCGCCCUCGCCGUGGGCGUGGCCAUCAUGGCCCACGCCUGGGACUUUACCCACCCAUUCCCGCAGUCGCGUCCCGUCCUGCUGUUCAGCGUGCUGGCCUACUUCGCCCUGUUGGGCAUCCUGACCCUGCACUCCAGCUUCCGCGAGAAGGGCACCUUCGCGGUGGCCCUGCAGAAGGACAAGGAGCGGGAGCGGCUGUGGGAGGCCAGCUCCGACAUGCGCAAGUACGACGACAAGUAUCUGCUGACCCUCAGCGUGCGCGACUCAAAGAACGGCAAGCGGCGCGAGCAGAGCAGCAACAAGUCCUGCGCCGCCUUCAUCGACCAGAACGGCAUCGUCCUGGACAACCUGGUGGCCAACGAGGUCAACCGCCUGUACAACGCCCUGGCCGCCGACAAGAAGGACAAGUAGCUGGUGGCUGGUGGCCCAGCAGCAGCCAGCUGAAUCCGCAUCUUAUUUUUUUUUUGAUAAAUAAAACCAAAUUCCCACUUUAUGUCUCAUUAAACUGUAAACUUUUGUGGUAAGCCAA